ACAGCAGUGCCAGAACCCAAAAAAAAGGAAAUACUCUUUUUUUUUUUUGGUGUGGAUUACCAGUGAAGGAAAAAGUGAAGUUAAAUGGAUUAAAAAAAAAAUACAAAAAUAAAACAAAUAGAGGAAGAAAAGGAGAGAGAGAGAGAGAGAGAGAUAUUAUGCAGUGUUCCGGCAUAAGGAUCCAUAAAGUCCACCACGCUGACUGAUAAAUCAGCAAAAAAAAAAAAAGAUUUUUGGCUCCAGAAAACUUCAAAUAAAACAACGACUCUGCCACAAGAACGGCCAAGUGGGAAACAGCAACCGGAGAAACUUUUGCUCCAAAAGUGUCUGUUGCAGCCACACGGAUGAUGCAGCGACACGCGAUGAUGAGGCUGAUGCUCCCCCUGCCCCCCCUGCUGCUGCUGCUGCUGCUGCUGACGUCAGUGGCCGACGCCUCACCCUUUACGAGCUAUCAGAAUCAGCGCUUCGCGAUGGAGCCGCAGGACCAAACGGCCGUUGUGGGUGCCCGCGUCACACUGCCCUGCCGCGUCAUCAACAAGCAGGGCACCCUGCAAUGGACCAAGGAUGACUUUGGGCUGGGCACAUCGCGAGACUUGAGCGGCUUCGAGCGCUAUGCGAUGGUCGGCAGCGACGAGGAGGGCGACUACUCGCUGGACAUUUACCCCGUGAUGCUCGACGAUGAUGCGCGCUACCAGUGCCAAGUGAGUCCCGGGCCCGAGGCACAGCCAGCCAUACGCUCCACGUUUGCUGGGCUCACGGUGCUCGUGCCGCCAGAGGCACCGAAAAUAACCCAAGGCGAGGUCAUCUACGCGACGGAGGAUCGCAAGGUGGAAAUUGAGUGCAUCUCGGUGGGCGGCAAGCCGGCGGCUGAGAUUACAUGGAUCGAUGGCUUGGGCAAUGUGCUGACGGAUAACAUUGAGUACACGGUGAUGCCGCUGCCCGAUCUGCGACGCUACACGGCCAAGUCGGUGCUGCGGCUGACACCCAAAAAGGAGCACCACAACACGAACUUCACAUGCCAGGCACAAAACACGGCAGACCGCACAUAUCGUUCGGUGAAAAUACGUGUCGAGGUGAAGUAUGCGCCCAAAGUCAAGGUGAAUGUGUUGCCAGCAGGAGCGGCAGGAGCUGUAGGAUCAAUCAACCAACGCAUUGUGGAGCACUCUCAAGUGCGACUCGAGUGCCGGGCCGAUGCCAAUCCCAGCGAUGUCCGUUAUCGUUGGUACAUCAACGACGAACCAAUUAUUGGCGGUCAAAAAACUGAGAUGAUCAUACGCAAUGUGACGCGCAAGUUCCACGAUGCCAUUGUCAAGUGUGAGGUGCAGAAUUCUGUGGGCAAGAGCGAAGAUAGCGAAACUCUGGACAUCAGCUAUGCCCCCAGUUUCCGGCAACGUCCACAGUCCUUGGAGGCAGACAUUGGCAGCGUCGUCUCGCUCAGCUGUGAGGUGGACAGCAAUCCACAGCCGGACAUUGUCUGGAUCCAGCAUCCAAGCGAUCGGGUUGUCGGCACCAGCACCAACCUCACAUUUAGCGUGAGCAACGAGACGGCCGGACGCUACUAUUGCAAGGUGAAUGUGCCGGGCUAUGCGGAGAUCACAGCGGAUGCCUAUGUCUACCUGAAGGGUUCUCCGGCCAUCGGAUCGCCGCGCACACAAUACGGACUGGUGGGGGACACGGCGCGGAUCGAGUGCUUUGCCAGCAGUGUGCCACGGGCUCGUCACGUCUCCUGGACAUUCAAUGGGCAAGAGAUAAGCUCCGAGUCGGGACACGACUACUCCAUUCUGGUGGACGCAGUGCCCGGCGGUGUGAAGAGCACGCUGAUCAUAAGGGACAGCCAGGCGUACCACUACGGCAAGUACAACUGCACGGUGGUCAAUGACUAUGGCAACGAUGUGGCAGAGAUCCAACUGCAAGCGAAGAAAAGCGUCUCCCUGUUGCUCACCAUUGUGGGUGGCACUUCCGUGUUGGCAUUUCUGCUGCUGCUCACCAUCGUUGUGGUCGUUUAUUUGCGCUGCAAGAAGCGCACAAAGCUGCCACCAGCGGAUGUCAUCAGCGAGCAUCAAAUCACGAAAAAUGGCGGCGUCAGCUGCAAGCUGGAGCCCGGCGAUCGCACCUCCAACUACAGUGAUCUCAAGGUGGACAUUUCGGGUGGCUAUGUGCCCUACGGGGACUACAGCACACACUACAGCCCACCGCCACAAUACUUGACCACUUGCUCCACCAAGUCCAACGGCAGCUCCACCAUCCUACAGAAUAACCAUCAGAACCAGCUGCAACUGCAGCAGCAGCAGCAGCAGCAGCAGCAGCAUCAGGGUCACCAGAGUCAUCAUCAUCAUCAGACCGCUCCAGGUCAGAGUUUGCCGAUGACUUUCCUCACCAACAGCAGCGGUGGCAGCCUCACGGGUAGCAUCAUUGGCUCCAGGGAGAUACGACAGGAGAAUGGGCUGCCCAGUCUGCAGUCAACGACGGCCUCGGUGGUCAGCUCCUCGCCAAAUGGCAGCUGCAGCAAUCAGAGCACCGCCACAGCCACAGCCACUGCCACCGCCACCACACAUGUGGUGGUGCCUAGUUCCAUGGCCUUGAGUGUGGAUCCGCGCUACAGCGCCAUCUACGGCAAUCCAUACUUGCGCUCAUCCAACUCUUCGCUGCUGCCGCCACCCACAGCGGUCUAAGCUCCAGAAGCGGAAUGGAAGCCACAGCCCACGCGAAGACUGAUCUCAAGGGACACGGCAUCCUGGAUCGUUCAAUGGGGUAAGGACUUAGGGCGGUGUACGACGGGCGCCCAUUGGAAGAUUUCUUUUCUUUUUCAGCAACCAAAAAUUUGAAUCAAUUAACUUAAAGAUUUAGCUUAGGGACAGUGAGAGAGAGAGAGAGAGAAAGAGAGAGAGCGCUUUCUUCUAGGUAAGACAGACACAUCCUUGGCUUGCAUUUUGCACUACAUUUUCCUGCCGUUGCUUGGAUCCCCCAAACCUAGGCUAAGCGCAGUUCUAACUAAACAGAGACUAAGCUUCUAAGGAAAACAGUGUUAGGCAGCAACAGAGAGACAGUGUUAGGAAAUGACUUGAAAAAGAGAAAAUACGCGCCAGUUCGCGGGCAUUUGUUGCGGGGUUCCAAUUUGCAUCAUUCAACACAAUCCAAUCUCUCAUUUUAAACCUUUUAAUAAAUAUUUUAUAUGUUGUUUCAACAGUUAAAUGCUAUUUUUUGCAACAAUUUCUACGCUCAGUUUUUGCAUCUUAGUUGCCCUUAAAUAUCCUCAAAUAAGUCCAACUAAAAUCUUUCAAAAAGCGCAAAGAACAAAUGCCCAAGAAAUGCGCAAAAAAAGAAUGAAAGAAAGAAGAAUGUAGAGCAUAAAUGUAUGCUAUGAAAAGCAAAUGCAGUAGCCAUUAAGCGAAAACAUAAAAAAAUUAAAAAAUGCCAAAGUACCUGAUAGUAUUUAAGUAGAGUGAAAGCCAGCGACACUCAACAAUUACAUUUUUUAAAAAUUAAUUCUAUUACAUAAAUAAAUAUAUAUAUAUGUAUUUUUUUUUGGAGACUAAGCCUAGAGGUUAAGUUUAAGGUAUAAAAACGAAAAUGCUAGUUGUUAGUAAUUUGAGAGUCGCCUUAACUUAUGACACGCCCAUAUGCCCCUGCAGCUAAGCAACUAAGAGAUAGAGAAAGGGAGAGCGAGACGCGAGAGCGAGAACAUGUAUUCAAUUUGUCAGUUCAAUUGUGGCUAAGUGGCUAAGUGUACUUCUAAGUGUAUUAACGGUCUAAUUAUCCUAGUUGUAGC